GGCGAACCACGGCCUCUCGUCCGGCUACUGUACCAUUCCAUGUCGGGUAUGGGAGAAUAGCACUACGAUCAGAGGCAGAGAGUUUUAAAAUGGAGCCAAGUAAAUUAAGUUUGGAAAUAUCAGGUCCUCUUUUGGGGAAGAUUCUCCAUGAACACUACAAACAUGGAGGCAGCUGCGGUGGAGUGUUGUUUGGUGAAAUAAUAUCAGAAACGAAAUGUGAAAUAACUGAUUCACAGCAUGUAAUAAAAUCAGAAACUUCUGUAUGUGUGAAGGACUACCUCACGACUUCAAGCAAAAAUUUUCUUAAAUCUCUUUCAUCAACAAAAACUGAAACUUUGUUAACUGACUCUUAUUCAUCACUGUCCUCGUGUAUUGGUCUUUUUAAAAUACGGAAUUCUUCAAACACACUCUCCUUACUAGAAAAGUCAAUACACAGAAAACUAUGCAAAGAUUUGCAAGCCAAAUCUGACACUAAAGAAUCUGAUUUCAUAGUUUCAAUGCUCAUCACAUAUGGUACUAAUACAGAUGCUACCUGCCUGGAUUGGACAGUUCGUGCCUUUGUAUUAUAUAAAUCAAUAUUCAGCACUAUAAAAAUAAAAGUAUCUAAUCUACAAGGUUCUGUAAACAACCUGUAUAUGAAAAGUAGGCAGAGCUCAACCAGAAAUGUUCAAUCAACAAGUGCAAAUCAAUUACUUGAAACUUUCCAGACUCAUCUUACUGUAAAUGACAACAAAAUUCAAGUUGUUGAUGCUACAGGGAAAGUAACACAAGAUUUGAUUAAAGAAUUGGACCAUGCUUUUGAUGAACUAUAUAAUGCAGAACAGAAGUUGGAAAAGACCAUGCUUGAAAAAUCAGCAUUAAUAAGUGUAUGGAAUACUUUACAGGGUAAAAAAUUACAUUUACAAAAAUCAUGGUUGAAUCAGGCAGUUGAUGAAAGACAACAGGAUUCUGACGAUUGGCCGAAGAGAUCGUCAAGGGAAGUUGCAUUCACAGAAGCUGAAUACCAAGCGAUUAAAAGACGCAGUAUGGAGGAUAUGAAAAGGAGAUCUCCAAUAGUCGUCCUUGACAAGCUGGAUUCAUCUCAAGAGAGAUCAGUCCCCUGUAAUAGCAAUUCAAUUUCUGCAAAUCUGAAUCCCGUGCCUAUGCCAGUUAAAAAUUUACCAAAUAAAUCUUAUGCUCAAGUAUUAGCUCCUCGGAAAGAAGAACCUUUGAACACUGGGGACUUUUCCAGUGAUUCAGAAUAUUUAAGCAAGUUUUCUUCAAACUUUAAUGCUGAUUAGUUCUUGCAUUCAUGUUUAGCUAAUAAUAUUCUUUUGCUUCAAUGCAGUUUUCGUUGUUUUCUUUUACAAAGUUUAUCAGGUCUUCUCUUUGAUAUAAUUUAUUUUUAAAUUUUAAGUGUGCUUUUGUGUACCAGCAUAUAUUGUGGAUUUGCAAUGGUAAUUAAUGCGACCAUUGAGUUUAUCAGAACGGUUUUCAUUAAACUCUGGCUCACAAUUCCUCUUGGAAUCGUGCGUUGGUGUUGUGAAGCAAUUUGUGAGACUUUUUAUAAAACUUUACACUACAAAGAUACUCUUGCUGAAAAUUUUCGCUGGUGUAUAUUGAGUUUAAAGAAUCUCUGGAAAGACGGUUACUUUAGACGUGCUUUCUUUCAAGUAUUUAAAGUGUUCUCUUUCAAAAUCGCUGCUUUCUUGUUGUAUUCAAUAUUCAAGUUCUUUGAACUGUUUCGUUAUUUGCAUUUUUUGCUAUAAAGUUUUUCAUAUGGUCA